UCCAUAUUCGUGAACGAGAGCUACGUGACUCCCGCAGCGCCGUCGUGUAGCCGCCCUAGCUCGCGCUGACAACGUUGCCGUGGCAACCCCCUCACAUCAUCCUCCUCCUCUGAUCUCGCACACGGACACACACCCACGCCGCACGCAACGACCCGAGCGGUAUUCCCGCCGCGCCCCUUCUUGCGGCGCCUGAUGAAUAAUCCAUGUGGAGGCAGUUGAGCAGCGGGAGUGCAGGGAAUGCCGGCCGGGAAGGAAUGCCAUGUGCGUAUGAGGAUCAUCUGCUCGUCGUGUAUUCCUGCAUAAUGGACUUCUGUACUGCAUCCAGCACUUGGACGCCGACAUAUGUGGAAUGUGAUCCUUCUGACUUCUUUGGUUUGAAUGCCAUCAUGAUCAAGGUGAUGUUCGAGACGUGAGGAACGCCGAGGGGGAGGACACCACGUUCGAUAGGAUGCGUGUACUAGCAUUUACUAUACUUCCCCUUGCGCCCUAAACGCUGCGUGACACCUUUUCCAAGAAGGACUCUCCCUUCAUCCCGCUGGAGGACUUUUUAAGAUCAGGAAAGACACCUCUUUGCUUGUAGCCAUGUUCUGCUUCUGCUUCCAGAGCCCCUCCCUCAAGCUACAAGCCCUGGAGGCUGAUUUUAGUCCCCCGGACCCAGAGCACGAAGACCCCCGAGAGCAGAAGAACCUGCCGGCCCACCAGCAGUCUAUUUCGAGCAGGCAGCCAAGCCUGCGUUUGGACCACAAGCCGCUUCUCCACUCGCCUCCGACAACGCCAGCUCAGGACACGGUUGACUCAUCACAGCACAUACCUGCCCCAUCCCAGGACUCUUCGUGUGCUCCCGCUCCGUCCACCGCCUCCCCUCCUGAGGGAGCCCCCGGAAAUGAGGACCCACCACCCAGCUCUCCGGACAGUCCUCCCCUGCUUUCCACUUUCACCACCAGCGAGUGUCCCGUCCCGUCGCCUCGUUGCCCCAACCUGAGCAGCAGCCUACGCUACAACCUGGACCCCGAUACAGCCCCGUCGCCGCCUUGCUCGCAGCACAUCCGCAUGGCACGCUGCGGUGUCCGUGCAGAACCAGACGACUGCUCCUUGUCCGUGUCCGUGUUGAAGAGACACGUUCAGACCUUGAGGAAGAGGAUCAGACAGCUGGAGGAGCAUUUUGAGCAGGAGAGGCUCAAGCCUUCCUAUUAUGACAAGACCGCACAUCCGGAGGUCGCCAGACUGAUCAAGGAGCUCCUGAAGAGCCGCAAGCAGUUGAAAGACCUCAAGUUGUGUCAUGCCGAGGAAGGCGACUCGAAAGGAGGUUUAAACCAUCCACAGGAAAGGACCAAUCAGGGUGAGGCCGCACUUUCGGGGCUCGAGUUUCAACAAGUGAACAACAACAGCAACGCCAAGCCAAGUGUGGAGGAAACGGUCCACGUCAUGACCAAAAGACUGACCGAGAGCCGGCGAGAGCUCAGCCUGCCCGACAGCAUCAAGGAGAUGAACCAUUCCCAGAUUAGCAUGGAGAAGUCCAGCCUGCAGAAGUGCUUGCUCUACUUUGAGAGUCUGCAUGGACGCCCGAGUAGCGUGAGCGAGCAGAUUCUGGUCAAACCUUUCUACGAGCGCUACCACAUCCUCAAACAGCUGCUACGUUCCUCCAAUACUUGUACACUCAUUACCACCAUUGAGGAAGAGGAGGGCUCCGAUGACGAUCAUCCCAAAGAGCAAAACCCGAGACAGCAGUGCGUGUCGUCAGGGGGGCCGCCGCCCCCUCCCACCUCGGAAACGUCCGACACGCCCCUGGUGUCGCCUUUGGAAGAAGUCAAGUGUCUCCAACCGCAGCUUGUCACCAUGGCAACACUCCAUGAGGCUUCCAGAUCAGAAUUAUUGGAUCAUCUUCGUGUCACCCGUUUGGAAAAACGGAGGCUUCAUCGAGCACUGCGGGAGUUUGAGGACCUUUUCCACACCUUGAGUGGCAGGGUCUGUCAGAAGGAGGACCGCGGACCCAUGGCGGAGGAGUACUGCCAGUACAAGAACCUCAAAGCCAAACUCCGCCUGCUCGAGGCCCUGCUCAGCAAAAAGCAGGACACGGACAAGAGCAACUGAGCUUCUCACAGUGGAGCUUUUUUCGUCCAAACCCAAAAAGAACUUGAUGAUGAUGAUGGCGGUGAUGAUGACGAUGAUGCACUUUACAGGAGGAUAAUGGCGUGGAAAGUUUUUUUUUUUUAGUCUAAAAAAAGCACAUGAGGAUGAAGCAAGUGUAUGUUAUGUAGCAUACUAAGUCUUAACUUGAUGAUGAAGUUAAUGUACAUUGUGAGUUAUGUAAAUAUUUGUGUAGGUGUAUUAUGACACUUACUUUGUUUUUUUUUGUUUUUGUCAUUAUUGUGGAAUAUACAAUUUCUAAAUAUCUUGGCAAAAAUAGGCAUCAAAUGCAUGAGGGGGUAUUAAGGACAUGAUGAACAGAAGAAAAUUGUACAAUUAUGAGAAAAAGUCACAAAGCUAUGACAAGUAGCAUUUUUUUUUCAAGAAAAAGUUGUAAUACUACUUGUGAAAAAGUAGUAAUAUUUGAGAACAAAAUUGUUUUUGUCCCGUAAAGAUUUUGUCCUGAAAAUACAAAUGUGUUUUCAUAUAUUACAAUUUAUUUUCCUCGACUAUGAGUUUUUUCAUGUAUUACAAUUUUUUUUCUUGUAAUUUUGCCACUUUUUCUGAGAAAAUGAACCUUUUCUCAACAAUAUAUUUUGUGAAAUUGCUACUUUUUUCCUUGGAAAAACAAUUUUUUCUCAUCAAAACUAUGACUUUCUUUAUGUAAAAGUCUGACUUUAAUUUAAAAAAAAAAAAGAAAAAAGAUAUAUGAAUUCGGUUGCCGUACUAUUCCGUUGCCUAAUUCUUUUUCAAGAAAAAAAGUCAUUUUAUAAGAAUAAUAAUUUGAAACAUCGGAGGAAACAAUAGUAUUUUAGUGGCAAUAUUACAGGAAGAUAAAUAAUGCGUGAACAAAAUCAUCGAUAAAAGUCGUAGUAUCACGAAAACACAUUUGGAUUUUUUUCAGAACCAAAUCAAAAUUUGGGGAGAAAAAAAUGUUGUAACAUUAUGAGAAAAAAAAUAUUUUCAAGAAAGUCACAAUGUUAAUAACAAAAAAGGUGAAAUAUGACUUUUUUUUAAUUACAAAAAUGGGAACACGGUAUUUAUGUUAGGAAAUGUUAGUUUUUUUAAAAUAUAUUUUCAAGAAAGAAAUGUUAAUGUUCGAGUUUACAGCAAUGUUAUGUUACGUUUUCCCCCUCAUAAAUACAA